GAUUUUCCUUUGCAGCGCAGCCGAAGCGAUGCUGAAUUAAGGAUUAAUGCAUAAAAAGGUGCACGGGCAUCCGCCGAAGGCGAGUUUCUUUAAUACAUAUUUUUCUCCCAUAUCACGGACGGAUGUGGGGUGUGAGUUUUGUCCUCGGUCAGUUUUCCGAUUUCGAGUUGGCGUUCACUGCUGAAGAAUUGCAUUGUUGGGAGCAUGGGGAGAUUACUGGCGCUAGAAACCCGAGGCCCCAAGCUUGACAUGACCUCACAGCUCAAGAGCGGAAAAGAAGCACAGAUCUCAGCUCAUCCAGCUGCGAACGAAGAGGAGACUCCAUUGGAGAAUGGCUUAGAUCUUCCUGCUGUGAUAAUAAAGAAGGAAGAACAGGAAGAUCGAUGGGUGCUGUAUCACCAGACCUUUGAAGGAAAUGGGGUGUUCCCAUCUGCUCAUUCAGAAGAGGAGCUGAGACAGAGCUACGUGGGAAAUAAGGAGAAUAAAUGUGCUGAUUGCGGGAAAAGCUUCACGCAGAGGUCCAGCCUUGUCAGACAUGAGAAGACCCAUACAGGAGAGAAGCCAUACCAGUGUUUGGAGUGUGGGAGAAGCUUCAGUCAGAGAUCAAUCUUGACCCGACACCAGAGGACCCAUACGGGAGAGAAGCCAUAUAAAUGCUCUCAGUGUGGAAAAAACUUCCGCCACAAAUCAGCACUCCUCAGGCAUGAAAAGAUGGAGGCUGGAGAGAGACCCUAUGAAUGUUCACACUGUGGGAAGGGUUUUAUUCAGAAAUCAAACUUUCUCAUCCACGAGAGAAUCCACACCGGCGAGAAACCAUACUUGUGCUCAGAUUGUGGGAAGAGCUUUGUCCAAAGGUGGCAUCUCCUUGUCCACGAGAUAACCCAUAAGCAGGAGGCAUCUCAUGAAUGUUCAAAAUGCGGGAAAAAAUUCAAUCACAGCUUAAGCCUUCUCAUCCACGAAAGAAGCCACAUGGGGGAGAAAGUUCAUCAGUGCUCCAAUUGCGGGAAAAACUUCACGCAGAGAUCCAGCCUUGUUCGACACGAGAAAACUCACAUGGGAGAGAAGCCGUAUAAAUGCACAGAGUGCGGGAGAAGUUUCAGCCAGAGGUCCAUCUUGACCAGGCAUGAGAGGACUCACACGGGAGAGAAACCAUACUCCUGCUCCGAAUGUGGGAAGAGUUUCCGUCACAAAUCAGCGCUCCUCAGGCACGAAAAGAUGGAAGCAGGUGAGAGGCCGUAUCAGUGUUCACAGUGCGGAAAAGGUUUCAUUCAGCGGUCAAACUUCCUGAUACACGAGAGGAUCCAUACGGGCAAGAAAUCCUAUCAAUGCGCAGACUGUGGGAAGCGGUUCCUUCAAAGGUCGCAUCUUCUCGUCCAUGAGAUGACACAUAAGGAAGAGGAACCCCAUGAGUGUUCAAAGUGUGGGAAGAGAUUCCAUCACAACUUAAGCUUGGUGAUCCACCAAAGAAGCCACACAAGAGAGAAACCAAUUUGCGGGGAAAGCUUUGUUGAUAAAACGAGUUUUACCAGACAUGAAAGGAUACAAGGGGAGAAGUUGUAUUCCUGCUCCUGUUGUGGGAAACACUUCAGUUAUAGGUUAGCUCUCCUCAGACACAAAAGACCUCGAGUGGGAAGGAAGCCAUAUUGGUUCCCUCCCUGUGGAAAAAGCAUCGUUCCCAAAUUAAUGCUUCUUGCAGCCCCCAAGGGGCUCCGUAAUGGACCAAAUUUGCACACCUGCUCCCACUGUGGAAGAGGAUACAGCCUGAAAUGCAAGCUUGCCAUGCAUGAGAGAGUCCAUCUAAGAAAGAAACCAUAUAAACCAGCAUGUGGAAGAGGUUUCAGCCAAAGGCCCAAUUUUAUUGUGCAUGAGAGGACCCACGUGGGCGAAAAGUCACACAAGUGUGCUGGCUGUGGGAAAUUCUUCAACACCUGGUGGAACCUCUUAAAAUACCAAAAGACCCAGACAGGAGAAAAGCCUUACAACUGCGCUGAGUGUGGGAAGAACUUCAGCAAUAAAUCAACUCUCGUCGUACACCAGAGGACCCACACCGAUGAAAAGCCGUACCAGUGCUCCAGCUGCAUGAAAGGUUUCCCCAGCAAAUCCAGCUUGAUCAAACACCAAAGGAUCCACACGGGGGAGAAACCCCACAUCUGUUCAGAAUGUGGGAAAAGCUUCAUCCAGAAAUCAAACCUCCUCCGGCACAAGAAAACCCACAAAGGAAAACGAGAAAAUCUGUUCUCAGAUUGUGGGGAAAGUUCCAAAUUGCCCAUGACCUUGAUGAAAAAUUCAGGGAUGCGUGCAAAAGAAAAACCAAAGCAAUGCAUCCCCUGUGAGGAAACGUUCAGUGAAAAAACAGUCCUCAUGGCCCAAAAGAGAACCCAUAGAGGGGAGAAACCAUAGUCAUGUUUGGGUUGCGGGAAGAGAUUUGUAUACAAAUCCAGCCUGAUGAAACAUGAGAGAACUCAUGCAGGAUAAGAAAAAAAAAAAGUAUGUGAUUCAACCAGUUUACUUGCACACAAGAGUACCCAUAUGGAGCUUGACAUCUGGAGUUGUGGGUUAAAAGUAGACCGGACAGCUAUUUCAGGAGACCUUGAGCAGGGGGUUGGUCUAGAACAGGGGUAGGCAACCUUGGCUCUUUUAUGACUUGUGGACUUCAACUCCCAGAAUUCCUGAGCCAGCCAUGCUGAGGGGAAAGGAAGAGUUUCCAAGCUGAGCCAUGCUGGCUCAGGAAUUCUGGGAGUUGAAGUCCAUGAGUCAUAAAAGCCAAGGUUGUCUACCCCUGGUCUAGGAGACCUCAGCCCUAUGAUUCUAUGAUCUACGCUCACAUUGUUGGGAAACUUUUAAUGACUGAUCAAACCUUAACACACACUAAAAAUGUCAUGCUGGGCUUUAAGACAGGUUUGUUUUUGAUUAUGUGGGGAAAAAAUAGAGAUUGGUUUUCUCUAAAUAUCAUAAGAAAUUGAAAUUGAUUGAUUGAUUGAAAAUCAAUCUCCCUUUUUUCCUACUUGCAGGUCAUGUAUGAAAGAACAAAGUAUUCUCCAACAGAAGUACUGUACUAAUGCUUUAUUUGUGUAAUUUCUGGAUCUAUCACAGAGUUAUCCUUAAUUCUGAAUUUAAGACACUAUCUUAACACCUGCAUCAGUUACCUUUGUUUUGGCAAUCCCUUUUAUUUAACUAAUUUCCCAGAAAGAAAACAUUAGGACUGCUAGAAGUUCAGUUAUCCACAUGGAAUGUUACAGAAAAUUCACAAAUGAUAAUAUUUGAUUUGGAUGACUCCGAGCAUUGAGACAGACGAUGGAAGAAACAGAGCAAAGAUAAUUUUUGGGAGUGCAGGAAUUCCUCUCCUUAGUAAUAGGAUUACAAAUAUUAAAUUAACUAAAUAAAAUUAUUAGCCACUUUCUGAUACUGGUUACUGUAGAAUGGCACAUUCAAUAUUUUAAUUGCAGGGCAGUGGGGAUCCUGUAAAAAACAGUUUGAUUGAAUUCACCCCCAAAUCCUUUCGCUAAAAAGGGUCCCAGCCAUGUUGAGACAAAGGCAAGAACGGACAAAGUCUUCUUUGAGAUAAUCAGUUUUUCUUGAUCUAGAUCAGAAGCUUUGCCUUGAAGGAGAAACACAAUCUCAAUUUGACUUUUAAUCUAACCUCAGUUCCCCCCCCCCAUACCUUCAGAUAUAUUUCAGGUAUAUUAAAGCUGGCAAACAAUGUAUUUUUUUAAAGGAAUGGUUGCAAUCUGGGAGAGGGAACAGCGGCACUUUUGAAAAUAUUAAGCAUUUCUUAUCGAAUUUCAGGAUAGUUCUUUUAAUUCCAGUUCUUGGGACAGCAACUUUAAGAUGUGUCGUGCGGUGUUCAACUCCCUGAAUUCACCAGCCUUAGCAUUCUACAGUCCCAAGCCUACUAGGAAAUUGUGUUGGUGCCUAUUUCAUUUGGCACAAUUAUAAAUAUGAGAAUUAAAAUCCCAGACCUAAGAGCUUGUUGCAAACACUGCCCCCAAACAGCUAUUCCAGUGGGUCUUACUGAUUCACACAACAUGUCUGCUAUGAUAAACGUGAUUAUGUGCCAUUGAGUUUCUUAUUUUUUAAGAAUCACAUAGAGCAGGGGUGUCAAACUGUCGGCCCACAGGCCAGUUUCAUCAUACCAGAGCCGCGCCCACCCCAUUGCCGGCAAUGGCGAAAAAGCUCCGAUACGUUGC